GGAGACACUGGGGCCCCGGGGCCCAAAGGAGACAAGGGUGAUACUGUGGUGGUGGAGGGGCCCACUGGAGCACGAGGCAGCAAGGGGGAGCCGGGCGAGCGUGGCCUGAAGGGCACAGAAGGGGACAAGGGCGACAAGGGGGAGCAAGGCAUGCCUGGAGAGAAGGGGGCGAGGGGUGAGCAAGGUGAGAAGGGCUCCAUGGGCUUCUCUGGGGCACGUGGCCCUGGUGGACAGAAGGGAGAGGUCGGAGUAUCAGGAGAGCCCGGUGAGCCGGGCCAGCCUGGCCGUGAUGGGAUCCCCGGAGCUCGGGGGGAGAAGGGGGACACGGGACCCCUGGGCAUGCGUGGCCCCAAGGGUGACCGGGGCAUGAAAGGCGCCUGUGGCCUUGACGGGGACAAGGGUGAGAAGGGAGAGCCAGGGAUGCCGGGACGCUCGGGGCUACCGGGGAGGAAGGGCGAGCCGGGAGAGAUAGGUCUCUCAGGACCGCCAGGCAUCCCUGGGAAGGAGGGACUCAUGGGACCCAAGGGUGACCGGGGAUUCGACGGGCAGCAGGGAGCCAAAGGAGACCAGGGGGAGAAAGGAGACCGGGGUGCCCCAGGCAUUAUCGGUGGUCCCGGUCCUCGGGGCAGUGACGGUGCUCCUGGCUCCCCUGGGCCCCCAGGGAACGUUGGUCCCCGAGGUCCUGAGGGCAUGCAGGGCCAGAAGGGGGAGAGGGGACCCCCUGGGCAGUCGGUGCCAGGGGCCCGUGGUGUGCCCGGCAUCCCUGGCGAGAGAGGAGAGCAGGUGGGUGAGCGGGGCAGUCCCGGCGCCCAGGGGCUCCGUGGGGAGAAGGGGGAGCCAGGCAUGACGCGUGCGGUGGCCACUUCCCACGGCGCCUGGAUUCUCGUGAGCACUCAGGUUGUGACUCUCCCUUCCUACCCCCACCCUGCACGUGUGGCACCGAAGGGGUUCCGGCACCCAGCUGUGCCGCUGGUUUUGGUGGGACUGGAUGGCUGGGACCCCCCAGGACCCCUUGGUCAAGGGCUCUUCUCCACCAAGACAUUCCCGGCUGGCAGCACAGUCCCUGUGCUCAAGUUGUCACAUGCUGAGGAAGAGGAAGGGCAGGACAGGCAGGUCAUGGUUGACACCGACGAUCUCAAGUAUGACACUAUGUAUGGGGAUGACGAGGACUACGAUGAGGUCCCAGAGAUGGACAGCUCGGAGCAGCCCCACCGUGCUACGCACUUUGUGCAGACCUUGUGCUCCAUCCCCCUCGCCAAAGCUGUCACCAGCAGUGACAACCUGCCGCUGGACGAGGGGGACUGCCAGCGCUACACGCUGCGCUGGUACUACAACCAAAGAGCCACCGAGUGCCGGCCCUUCGUCUACGGCGGCUGCUGGGGCAACCUCAACCGCUUCGACAGCAAGGAGGAGUGCGAGCUGCACUGCGGGCAGCGCCCAGGGGCAG